AUGCAUGGCAGUGGUAAUAACUUCGUCAUCAUAGAUUCACGUUUAGUAGAUAACGCAAAUCGGGAUUAUAGAGAGAUAGCUAAUGACAGUAACUGUGAUCAAGUUAUAGUUGUCACUAAUUCCAAUGUUGCAGACUGUUUUAUGCAUAUUUAUAAUGCUGAUGGUAGUAAAGUUGAAACUUGUGGAAAUGCAGCACGCUGUGUGGGAUAUUUGAUCAUGCUGGAAAAAAGUACUGAAUAUGCAACUAUUGAACUGAUGAAUGAAAGGAUUUUAGAAUGCUUUAAAACAGGUAAUAAAUCCAUCAAAAUCAACAUGGGANAACUGAAUGCGAUACUCUUCACUUACCGAUAGAACUUGGAGUGUUAAAAGAUCCAGUUGCGGUCAAUAUUGGCAAUCCUCAUAUGAUCUUUUUUGUUAAUAGUAUAGAGAAGAUACCAUUGUUAAACUUAGCACCACAGCUAGAAACCCAUAUACUAUUUCCCAAGAAAACUAAUGUCAGCAUUACACAAAUAGACAAAUCAGGAGAAAUAAACUUGCAGGUCUGGGAAAGGGGCACAGGUAUUACUGCAUCGUGCGGUAGUGCAGCUUGUGCAGCUUUUGUUGCAUCUGUACUACGUGGGUAUAUUACUGCUCAACAGACUUCGGUGAACUUUCUUGGAGGUAAUUUAUCUAUCGAGUGGAAAGAUAAUGUAUUUAUGACUGGUGAUGUUGAAUUUAUUCAAUGA